AUGGAUCAUGUUCAGAAUGUUUCCACAGUGAGUGUUUUUUCUCUGUCAGCAUUCAAUGACACAAUGAAUCACACAGCUGUUAUCUUCUCUCUCACUUUACUGUGUUACUGUGUGAUUCUCUUUGUUAAUAUCUCACUCAUCAUGAUCAUUGUCUUAGAUGACAACUUGCAUGAGCCCAUGUACAUUUUAUUAUGUGUGUGUUGUAUUAAUGGCCUUUAUGGCACGACAGGUUUCUACCCCAAGUUCCUCUACGACCUCCUGUCGACCUCUCAGGUCAUCUCGUAUGGUGGAUGUCUUUGUCAGGCGUUUGUGCUGUACUCAUUUGUUUGCAGUGACACGUCUGUCAUUACAGUUAUGUCUUAUGACCGGUAUCUGGCCAUAUGUCGGCCUCUGCAGUACCGCUCCGUCAUGACGAAGAGGAGGCUCUCUGAGCUGGUGUUCCUCUCUUGGUUCACACCUUUCUGCAUCUUCUCCGUUAACAUCCUGCUGACAACCAGACUCACCUUCUGUGGUAAAAACAUUCAGAGACUCUUCUGUGUUAACUGGCUCAUUGUUAAACUUGCCUGCCCUGACAUGGACACUUUUGUAAAUGAUGCAUUUGCUCUGAGUACACUAUCUAUUUAUAUCUGUCAUUGGUUCUUUGUUGUUUGGACUUACAUAUAUGUUGUGAAAACGUGCGUGAAGUCCAAAGAUGACAGGGCCAAGUUCAUGCAGACGUGUGUGCCCCAUCUAAUCUCUUUAGUCACUUUUUUUGUCAUUGUGGUGUCUGAUUUGAUGCACAUGCGAUUUGCCUCCAAAGAUUUACCUCAGAGUUUUCAAAACUUUGUAGCUCUCGCUGUUCUCUUUAUUCCUCCACUCACCAAUCCUCUUCUUUACGGCUUUAAACUAAACAAAAUCCGCAGCAGAAUUCUGGUUUUGGUUCGUGUGCGGCAAAAAUGA